AUGACAAUUUCGUAUAAUUUGGAUGUGUCAAGAGCGUCAGCUUUUUCUUUUUUUCGACUUCUUUUUCGAUGGAAAGCAAGUAUAUGGAAAAUUGCACUUAAAGAAUUAUUUGUAUGGACAAUUUUGUUCCUCAUUAUUUCAUUUAUCUAUCGUACGGAAUAUUUUCUUACAAGCGAACAAAAAAUGAUCUUCGAAGAUAUCGCUCAUUAUUUCAAUACUCGACUCGAUUUUAUUCCCUUAACUUUUAUACUUGGAUUUUUUGUCAACAUUAUUAUGACACGUUGGUCGUCCUUAUUCGAUAAUAUGGGCUAUAUUGAAAAUUAUGCAAUACGCAUUGGAAAUUAUAUAAGAGGUGAUGAUGGUGAAACUCGAUUAAUGCGCAGAGCUAUGGCUCGAUAUUUGGUUUUAACUCAAGUUCUUAUCUUUCGAGAUAUCAGUAUAAAAGUAAGAAAACGCUUUCCAACGUAUGAUAGUAUUGUUAAAGCAGGAAUUCUUUUGGAAGAAGAAAAAAAUAAGCUGAAUGCGAUAAAAAUCCAUUAUGAUAAGUAUUGGGCUCCAACUAAUUGGAUAUAUUCACUUAUAUUCAAAGCAAGAAGUCAAAACAAAAUCACUCACGAUAUAUUAGCCAGCAAACUUUGUGAUGAAAUAAAAGAAUUCCGAUAUAAUUUACAACUGGUUUGCAAUUACGAUUGGGUUCCACUUCCACUAGUUUAUCCACAAGUAAUUUUUUUGGCCGUUUACGUCUAUUUUGGAGUUUGUCUUAUCAGUCGUCAAUUUAUAUUCACUGAACGAAAUAUUGAUCUAAUUCUUCCACUCAUGACUAUGAUUCAAUUUUUUUUCUUCGUCGGUUGGCUAAAAAUAGCUCAAGGCCUACUGAAUCCAUUUGGAACCGAUGACGAUGACUUCGAAUGUAAUUUCCUCAUCGAUAAAAAUCUUGCCACAAGCCUAUGCAUUGUCGAUGCUGAAUAUGAUAAUCCUCCAGAAAUUAAAGAAGAUAUAUUCUGGAAGAAGCCUAAAUUUGAGCCGAUUUAUCCGUUCGGCGAACAGCCAUCACGUAAAAUGUCCUUAACUAGUUCAGCAUCUAAUUUUAAGUAA